AUGGCUGACAAGGAGGCCACCGUCUACGUGAUCGAUGUGGGAAAGUCCAUGGGGAGGCGCCGCCAUGGACGGCCGGUAUCUGACCUGGAAUGGGCAAUGCAAUAUGUCUGGGACAAGAUUACGACAACCGUUGCCACGGGGCGGAAAACGGCUACAAUUGGAGUGGUCGGGCUGAGGACAGAUGAAACAUCGAACGACUUGCAGGAUGAUGACAGCUAUUCGCACAUCUCUGUCUUUCAGGAAAUUGGACAGGUCCUCAUGCCUGAUCUGCGAAAACUGCGCGACCUGAUCAAGCCUAGCAACACUGAUGAAGGAGAUGCUAUCUCCUCCCUUGUCGUCGCGAUCCAGAUGAUCACCACUUAUACCAAAAAGCUGAAGUAUCGACGGAAAAUCAUUCUCGUGACGAACGGGGAAGGAUCCAUGAGUACCGAUGGUCUUGAUGAGAUCGUGAAAAAGCUCAAGUCCGAUAGCAUUGAAUUGGUGGUCUUGGGUGUUGACUUUGAUGAUCCUGAAUUUGGUGUCAAAGAGGAGGACAAGAAUCCAGCAAAAGCUGAGAAUGAAGCGGUCCUCAGAGGUCUCGUUGAUUCCUGCGACGGAGUCUACGGGACAUUACAACAGGCCAUAUUGGAGCUGGACACACCGCGUGUGAAGGUUGUUCGUGGAAUACCCUCCUUUAGAGGAGAGCUCCGACUGGGGAACCCUGAAGAGUAUUCGUCUGCCCUUCGUAUCCCAGUCGAAAGAUACUACCGAACUUAUGUUGCCAAGCCGCCGACAGCGAGCUCCUUUGUCCUACGAUCUGACGCUGCAGCUGGUCAAGAGGGUGCAGAGAAUGCACUGACAAGCGUCCGAAACGCACGGACAUAUCACGUCAGUGAUGAGUCCGCACCAGGAGGCAAGAGAGACGUGGAGCGAGAAGAUCUCGCCAAGGGCUACGAGUAUGGGAGAACCGCGGUGCACAUUAGUGAGUCCGAUGAGAAUAUCACCAAACUCCAGACGAACCCUGGUCUGGAAAUCAUCGGCUUCAUUCAGAGUGACCAUUACGACCGAUACAUGCACAUGUCUACCAGCAAUGUCAUAAUUGCACAGAAAGCAAACGAAAAGGCGAUCCUUGCUCUUUCAUCUUUCAUUCACGCCUUGUUCGAGUUGGACUGUUAUGCUGUGGCCAGACUUGUUACCAAGGACAACAAGCCCCCACUCAUCGUAUUACUGGCACCAUCUAUUGAAGCAGACUUUGAAUGUCUUCUAGAAGUCCAGCUCCCUUUUGCUGAAGAUGUUCGGUCGUACCGUUUCCCUCCCUUGGACAAGGUGGUCACUGUCUCUGGAAAGACAGUCAAAGAGCACCGACAUCUCCCAAGUGACGAAUUGCUGAAUGCGAUGAGCAAAUACGUCGACAGCAUGGAGCUCGUCGACAAGGAUGAAAACGGAGAACCAGUUGACAGCCUGGCUCCCAGACUGGAGGAUUCGUACUCUCCACUGCUGCACAGGAUCGAGCAAGCUAUCCGGUGGCGUGCCAUCCAUCCAAACGAGCCUCUUCCGCCCCCUUCUGAGAAGUUGACGCAGCUGUCACGACCGCCAGCAGAUCUGCAAGCGCGCGCGAAGAAAUACCUGGAUCGGGUCAUUGCCGCCGCCGAUGUGAAGAAAGUUCCACCAAAAGCAAAAGGUCGCAAGCGGAAUCGCGAAGCCGACAAACCCCUAUCGGGUCUUGACGUUGACGAGCUCCUUCGUCGCGAGAAGCGCGCCAAGAUCUCAGCCAACAACGCCAUCCCCGAGUUCAAACAGUCGCUGGUCAACGCCGAGACCAUCGACGCCGUCCGUGACGCAGUCAGCCAGAUGGAAAGCAUCAUCGAGAACCACAUCCGAAGCAGCUUUGGAGACGCCAACUACGACCGCGUGAUCGAGGAGCUGGGUGUCCUCCGCGAGGAGCUGAUCGCCUACGAAGAGCCGGAUCUCUACAACGACUUCCUGCGGAGGCUGAAGGACAAGAUCCUCAAUGAGGAGCUGGGCGGAGACAGACGAGAGCUGUGGUGGCUCGUCAGGAGGCAACGGGUCGGUCUGAUAGACAAGAAGGCGUCGGAACGGGUUGAAGUUACUGAACAGGAAGCCAGGGAGUCCAUUAUUGCUAUCUGUCUCCAUUCUCACAGAUAG